AUGACAUACGUCAAGUCAUCGUUAACUUCCCCGGGACUUCCGGCCAUCACUUCUGAGAUUGAUAAGUCACAAGCAUUGGUUGUGCUUCCUGAAUCAUUAACUCCUUGGAAAACUUCAAUAUUGUCCUGUGGGGCUUCAUUGGGGUCGACCAUCGUGGGGUUCCCCUUUGAUAGCAUCAAAACUAGAAUGCAGACUCAUAAGUACAGCGGCUCAAUCGAUUGUCUUAGGCAAGCGAUUCGUCACGAAGGUGUAGCAGGGUUAUUUCGUGGGAUCACCGCCCCAUUAUUGUCGAUUGCUUGUUCCAAGUCUUUGGCGGUGAGCAUUUAUACUUACUCGAAGCCUCAAGUAGCCGCUCUUCAAGAGCAAAUUGUUCUGUCGUCAUCCAAUAAAAACCACAAGAACAAUGAAGGAACGCCCAGCCACAGAAACUUGAUAUUGGCAAAUAUUCCCACGACAUAUAUUGCCGGAUCAUUCACCGGGGUCAUGGUAACAUUAUUCUCAUGUCCAUUCGAGUUCACGAAACUUUACUCACAAAUCGGGAUGAUCGAAGGUCGGAAAUUGGGGUUGAAUGUAACGGUUCCUCGAACGGUGGUUGGAGUGUCUAAACAGAUCAUUCAGUGCGAAGGAAUUAUCGGACUUUACUCGGGGUUGAAACUCCACAUGUUUAGAGAACUCGUGGGUAGCGGGUUGUACUUUGCAGUAUACGAAACCACAAAAUUGAUGAUCAAUGAAUCAAUAGCCAACGGAACAGGAUAUAUUUCUGGUACUAAAAUACCAGUGGGCCCAAUUUCCAUCGCUAUUGCUGGGGGACUUUCAGGGAUUCUCACCUGGGCAGUGGUAUUCCCAAUAGAUACAAACAAAUCAUUGAUUCAGCGAGAUAUUGUGUCAAAUAUUAUUCGACAACAAAAUGGGUUGGAAAAAACUAAAGUGAAAGCCAGGAUUCAUUUGCCAACGAGGAGGAUGUAUCGUGGGUUAGGGGUGACGGUUACGAGGUCGGUGAUUAAUAGCAUGGUAUUCUUUGGGGCAUUUGAGUAUUUAAUGAAACAUGUGGCAUGA